AUGGGAUAUUCGUCAUGGCGGACCAUUACCGCCCUGGCAGUCUCGCUUGCCCUUACCCUCGACCAACUGCGUCUGUACCUGCAGUACAACGCCGACCUGCGUAGUGGGACAUCUCCCAACGCAAUCAUCACACCCAUUGGUUACGACGACUUUGCCCUUGCCCUCAACACUAAUGUUGGGGCAGGCAUUCAGGUUGCUAUAGUUCAGGAGGGAGACGAGGGAGUUCGUGUUACCGGACGUCCUCCUACCCUAGCUGAGCUCGUUGGACUUGAUGCCACACGACGAGCAGCUCCCACUCCUCAUGACCCUCGUGAAGAAGCUGGGGGGACCUGGUUGAGCGCUCAUCAUACUGAUCUCAUGGACCACACCCUGUGGGACAAUUUGGAGCGGAUCAGGAAACAACGUGUUUGGCACGACAAGAGCGUGGCCGAACGACAGGCCAAACGAAGGCGAAAGGAGGAAGAUGAGGCGAUGCGCCCUUUUGCGCCCUCCACCUCCUUAACUAAUGCCCUCGCUGGCUCCUCCGGCCGGAACAUGCCCCCUGAGCCAUCCAUUCCCCUUCCCCCUACCACUAUCCCAGCUCCCGUUCCACCCGCGCCUCCUGCCAAUGUCGAGGACGAGGAGAUGAGCGAUGGGAACACGGAAGCCCGCACUGAGGAUGUUCACGCCCAGGGAAAGGGUAAAGGUCUUGGCCAGUAUCCCGAAGAAGUGAGGCGUCGCUGGACGACGCCUGGUGGGGGGUAUGUGACGAUCAGUGACAGGACUUGA